CAGCCACCGGGAAAAGUUUUGGAAACAAGGAUUUUCGUGCUGCUUUGGAAAACGGAGUCCUACUUUGCGAUCUGAUUAACAAGAUCAAGCCUGGCAUCAUUAAAAAGAUUAAUCAUCUGUCAACGCCAAUAGCUGGCCUGGAUAAUGUAAAUGUUUUUUUGAAAGCCUGCGAAAAGCUUGGAUUAAAAGAAGCUCAGCUUUUUCAUCCUGGCGACCUUCAGGAUUUAUCCAAUCGAGUUACUGUCAAGCAAGAAGAGACCAACAGAAGAGUGAAAAAUGUUUUGAUCACAUUAUAUUGGCUGGGUAGAAAAGCGCACAGCAACCCGUAUUAUAAUGGCCCACACCUUAAUUUAAAAGCCUUUGAAAAAUUAUUAGGCCAAGCUUUGUCAAAGGCUCUUGGAGAAUCUAACAGCCCCAAGCGAAGUGGAAGGGAUAGUGGGUACGGUGAUAUUUGGUACAUUGAACGUAGUGACUCACUUUCUUCAUCUGCCAGCCAUAAGAGAGACGAUUCGUUUGAUAGCUUGGAUUCAUUUGGCUCAAGGUCUUCCGCCAGCCUUUCCUCGGACAUAACUCUAAAAGGUUGCAGUGAAGAUUGUGAAAGCGACACAGACUCCGAAACGCGCGCCAGGAUGCAAGAUCCUAGUAAAGACGACAUGUCCUACCGCAGGGUUUCCUUAAUUGAACCCAAGCCUGCGGCGGAGUUCAAUCGUUUCUUACCCAGCAAAACCAAACCACCAACAUAUAUACCUGCUCCUUUGAGAAAGAAGAGGACCGAAAAGAAUGAAGACAACCGGAGAAGCUGGGCGAGUCCUGUGUUUACUGAGCCAGACGGGACCUUCUCCAGUAACCCGAGGAGAGCUUUGCAGCGAGAGAUGGAAUUCAGGUCAACAACAGCUAACGUCCUUUCAGACUUCUCCAGCUAUUUCGAUGAAGAGGAGGAAGAAAAGACAAUGGGCACCCCAGACAUAGAAACAGAUGACCUUUAUGUUCGCAAAAUAAAUGCUGCAGUGUCAAACACAAAAGAUUCUUCUCAUAAGUUUCUUCCCAAGACGUGGACUCCAGGCGAAGAAUUACAUUGGAAAAAAGCUGACAGAAUAUCUUUUUCCAAAAAAUGGUAUAUGGAUAUUCAAGGAUUCAGUAUAAAAACAGAUUCUGAAGAGCACAUUGCUGAAGUCCAACCACGCAACAUCACCUGUGGUAGUUUGGAUAACACUUGCAGAGGAGACCCAGACUUCAUUAACCAAGCAGCAGAAUAUGCUGCACAACCACAGGCUGCGGAAAGAAGCAUUAGCGUCUCUUCUGACCUCCCAAGUCAGUUUUUAUUUCUCCGGGCCCUGCAAAAAUAUUCUGAUGACUACCUGUCCUCCGAAACUAGGACCAAAAUUGAUCCUGCUUCUGGCCCUAGGCUCAUAACAUGCAGAAAAACCAAUUACGUUAGGCCUGGAUAUGACCAAAGGGACUCUGAAAACGGAGACUUCUAUCCAGAUUUGGAGAAUGAUGAUUUGUUUGUUCGUAAGACUGGCGCGUUCCAUUUGAAUCCGGUAGUUCUCCAAAAUUUUGAGUAUCUUAGGAAGUCCUAUAAGCGAGGCCCUCAUUUAGAAGGGGAAAUAGUUCUGCAGCCCAGAGAUGGUGAACCUGUAAUACCAGAUUUAGAAAAAGAUGACCUGACAGUCCGCAAAGUUCAGCUACAGAACAGAGCUGUGCCCUUGUCGGGUGCCCCAGAUCGAUACCAGCCUGCUCUUUUUCCGGAUCCUUGGAGUCUCCCACCAGAAAUCCAGGCCAAGUUUCUUUGCUUGCUUGAGAAGAAGACAGCCUCAAUGAAUGAAAGUGGUGGAAACAUCUUACUGCCCUCUUCGCGCCGAAAAAAGGACGAUAUGCUGACCCGCAAGAUAGAACUUCUCAAAGUGGGCCUUAACGUGCAGCCAAUCAGCUUCUCCCCAGGAACGUGCAACAAAGACGAUCUAGAAAAAUGGGAGGCUAUCAGAGAGGCCAGCAAAAUCAAGCACAAGAAACGGCAGAUGGUGGAAAGGCUGUUUCAAAAGCUUUCUGAUGAGCAUGGGAGUAAAUCCUUGAAUGACGUCAGUGCUGAAGAGCUCCAAACAAUCCGGCAGGUGCGUUACGAAGAACUACAGAGAAUAAGGUCUCAGCUACAAGAGCAAGACCAACAGUGGCAAGAUGAUUUGGCAAAAUGGAAGAGCCGGCGCAAGAGUUACAAUACUGAUUUGCAAAAGAAAAAGGAAGAGAGAGAAGAGAUGGAGCGGCUGUCUUCUGUGAGUUCCGAGAGACGCGGAAAAUCGUUGAAACAAAUGCAGAAAGACAGAGAGGACAGGGAUCAGGGGCUGUACCAAGGUGGUAGCCAGCAGAGAACAAGGCAGAGGUAUUUGUCAAACGACAAUGUGUUCAGCGAGGAGGAAAUGGCUUCCAGGCCUGCGAAAGAUCAGUUUGAUGCAAACGGCACUGCCGCCUACUUGCCGAAGAGCGAAGAAAACGGCAAAGAGAUUGAUCGAAAAACAGAGACCGUCGACGCAAGAGUUGAGACCAGCCACACAAGAGUUGAAACUCCAGCUCCACCUAAAAGCGUGGUGGAAGAAAAGAGCCAACCCUCUUUUUCGGCUUACUAUUCAGUCAGCGCACCAGUUGCGUCAGCUCGGGUUUCAGCUUCCCUCCCGAGAACUUACACGAAAACUGAUACUGCCAGGCUAACAUCCGUGGUUACGCCAAGACCUUUCGGUGUCCAUUCAAGAGGAAUCUCAUCGCUUCCCAGGUCCUUCACGAUGGACGAUGCCCCAAAGUAUAAUGGAGAAGUAGACGCAUCCAAGAGAGCUCAACGUACAUUCACCGGCAAUUCAUUUUCUAAAGCGGAAGCUGGUCAAAGCCCGUCUCUGAAUGACCUAAGAAGCACAGAGGAGGACAAGUCUAGGACAAGAGACUUGCUUGCAGAGAAUACUUCGGCUGCCUUCCAACCUGUGGAUAUCGAUCACCUUGGCCCUAAAUCAGAGCAAGACAUAGUUACAGCUGUAUCUUCAGGAGUAGAAGAGAGAAGUCUUCAAGAGCUGGAGGCGUCAAUAGUGCAAAGCCAGUUCAGUGAUAUGAGAAUCAGUAUUAACCAGAAACCAGGAAGCGGUCGAAACUUUGGGUUCGCAACGCACUGGAAUCCUUCUGGAGUUUUCGUCAAGGCGAUAGAAGAAGGCAGCCCCGCAGAAUUUUGCCAGUUGAAUGUGGAUGACGAAAUCCUCUCCAUCAAUGGCACGAAGGUCUCGCAUAUGGACCAGAGUCAGUGGGAAGGAGCCAUCAGCAGUGCUCUAGAAACCGGAAACCUUCUCAUGGAUGUUAGGCGAUAUGGGAAGAAGGACUGGGGCAAAGACCAGCCUUCCCUGCCAUAUGAAAGGCACAAAAUCCUCAAUCUCACCAGUAUGGCUACCGACAUUAUAGGUACACCAGAAAGCAAAUGGAUUGAUGCGACAUCCGGCGACCGCACUUCAGCCAAAAGUCCAAGUCUAUCGACACAAAAAGACACGUCCAACAAUUUCCCGAGUGAGGACAUAGAGACAAAAGUCAAUGGAAUGCAAGGGGACACUAAUAACAGUGAGCAAAAAGACACAGAAUCUAUUUCUUUGAAAAACUUAAAAAGGCGAUCACAGUUUUUUGAACAAGGAGGCUCAGAACCGGCAAUCCUUGAUCUCCCAGUUCCACCCAUAAGUGCUUCUAGCCGCUGGGCUUGGGAUCAAGAGAAAGAAAGACAGAGACAGGAAAAAUGGCAGGCAGAACAGGAACGCCUGCUUCAGGAGAAAUACCAGCGUGAGCAGGAGAGGCUGAAGGAAGAAUGGCUGAAAGCACAGCAGGAGGUUGAGAAGGAGAGCUCUCAAUACUUAACCGAGGAACAGACCAUAUGGAAGUCAGAUCCUCUUUCUGUAACAGCUGAAGAUUCACCUUCUUCCAGGUGGGGAACAAACGGAAAUGGGAGAGCUGACUAUUAUGACACUGGCAGACAAUGGGAAGAGGAAAGAGAACAGCAUAGUAAGGAAGAGGAAGAGCGGAAGCGUCUUCAGGAAGAGCAGAGACUCCAGGAAGAGCGGAAGCGUCUUCAGGAAGAGCAGAGGCUCCAGGAAGAGCGGAAGCAGCAAAGACUCCAGGAAGAGCGGAAGCGUCUUCUGGAAGAGCAAAGACUCCAGGAAGAGCGGAAGCGUCUCCUGGAAGAGCAAAGACUCCAGGAAGAGCGGAAGCGUCUCCUGGAAGAGCAGAGGAUCCAGGAAGAAGCAGUUUUGCGGGUGGAACAAGAGAGGAAACUCCGGGAAGGGGAGCAUGAGGGGGGACUUAAUGGACGGGACACCAUUUACUACAGAGAGGAGCCAAAGCACCAGGAGGAAGUGGAAUGGAAACAGCAGGUGGUGGAACAAGUCAGGGAGGUUCCAGCGCAGAGGCCCCAAUAUCAAAGGUAUUAUGAUGCACCAAGAAAUUCGGAGUAUCCGGGUUGCUUCAGCUCCGAUAAAAGCAAAUCCAGAUCAACUCCAGAUCUAGAUGAGCAUCAUGCCCAUAGGAACGGUAUGAAGAGCAAAUGCUCCGAGCCGUCCUUGCAUACUGUUGACUCACAGAAGAGAUCUCAGAAAGAGCCCGGCUUGUCCCCUGCAGAGCAGGAAAGGCAGCAGAUCCUUCAGGAAAUGAGAAAGAAGACUUCCCUGCACACAGAUAACAGCUGGAUCAGGCAGCGGAGUUCCAGCAUGCACAAAGAGCCCGUGAGUCUGCCGGGCAGUAAAAUGAGGAGAGGUGAGAGUUUAGAUAACCUGGAUUCUACGAGAGCGCAUUCUUGGAGGCCUCACUCUUGGAUGAGUCAGUCUGCGUCCACGACAUCUUUGCCGUCUAGUCAGGAUUUUAGUCACCAUGCGCCUCCGGUGGUGUCCACUUCGAACCGAGCCUACAUGCGUGCCCCCUUGUCCAGCCUGCCCUCGUCUUCUGCUGGUUCUAUGAAGGCUUCAUCUUUGCCUCACAUUGUCCCAUCUGCACCGUCUCCUGUCCCCCAUGCCCAGUCACCAACCUCGCCUUCCCAUCCUGGAACCCAGCAGCGCAACAGGUCGGUCAGUGGGAAGCGCGUGUGUUCAUACUGUAAGAACGUUCUGGGCAAAGGAGCGGCCAUGAUCAUCGAGUCUCUUGGCCUUUGUUAUCAUUUGCAUUGUUUUAAGUGCGUUGCUUGCGAGUGCGACCUUGGGGGGUCUCAGACGGGAACCGAAGUCCGCAUCCGAAACAAUGAACUCUUCUGUAACGACUGCUAUCUCAGAUUUAAGACUGGACAGCCAACCAUUAUGUGAGAGAAACCUGAACAUGAAAACGCUUCUACAAAUAACAGAGGAAGCUGCUGCUGUAGAUCUAUAAAUA